AUGAAACUUGAAUUGGGUAAAAAAUGUUUGAUAGAACGAUUUGAGUUUAAAGUUGAUAGAUCGUCUAAAUCACGGUACGAAGUGUCAUGUUGUGUUGAUGGUUGUGAGUGGCGUUUUAGGGCAUACAGCUUUGCUGGUGAUAGCGCAUUUUACGUUAAAUAUUUUAACGAUAAACACACUUGUUCAAAGACGCUCACACACCCACAUUUUCGUCAGGCAAACCCCCAAGUUGUGGGUCAUUAUUUAGUGCCUCAAUUAAAAGACGGUGGUCGAAUUUAUCGCGGAAACGAGAUAAAGUCCGAUUUUAAACAAAAUUUAGGAAUUGAUAUUAGUUACAUGCAAGCAUGGCGUGGAAAAUGUCAUGCUUUAGAACUCUUGCAAGGUACAAGCAGAGAUUCUUUUGCCGAACUCCCAAUCUAUUGUUACAAUUUGGAGCGGGCGAAUCCGGGAACCGUGACUCACAUUUGGGUUGACGACGAGAGUCGGUUUGAAAUGGUAUUUGUGGCUAUUGGUGCAGCGGUUCGUAGUUUUAUGCGUAAUUUAAGACCUGUUAUUAUUAUAGACGCUGCCCAUUUGAAGGGUGAAUUUAAAGGAACAUUGUUUUUAGCAGUUGGCAUGGACGGAAAUAACCAGAUUUUACCAAUUGCCUAUGGAAUAGGCAAAUCAGAGGAUGGUGCUUCUUGGACAUGGUUCCUCUCAAUGCUUAAAGGUUGUGUUGGUGAAAUUCCAGAUAUGGCGGUCAUAUCGGAUAGGGCCAAUUCAAUACAUUUAGCUGUAAGCAACGUGUUUCCACAUGCUUAUCAUGGUCUCUGCUGUCGACAUUUAAUGGUGAACUUAAGUUUACCGUCGAAUAAAAAAAAGGAAUACGAGAGCCUCUGGUGGAAGACCUGUAAAUCUUACCGGUUGUCUGAUUUUAAUGAGUCUUUCCACACUCUAUGUCUUGCAGUUCCUAGAAUACGGAACACUUUAAUAAGUAUCGGGUUUGGACGGUGGGCAAGAGCGCAUUGUCCCGGCAAUCGAUAUCAUUAUAUGACAUCUAACAGUGCAGAGUCAAUUAACGCUUUGUCUAAAGACUAUCGUAAAUUGCCAGUAACCCAACUUAUUGAAUUUUUCCGUCAAUCUGUUCAAAAAUGGUUCUAUGAUCGUCGGCUGGAGGGAAUUAAGGAAAGACAUGAGCUUACCCAGUGGGCUCAAAAAAAAAUUGCAAAGAAAAUUGAUGGGUCUAGAACUUGGACUGCCGCUGGUGUAGGGUUGAACACUUUUGAUGUUGACGACAGGAAAAAACGUGGUUUUGUAAAUUUUUACGAUCGAACAUGUAGUUGCCGUGUUUGGCAAGUUUCUGGACUACCCUGUGGGCACGUGAUUGUUGUAUCCAAAUUCUUAGGUGAAACUGACUGCAGUCAUUAUGCUUUCCGAUGUUAUUCCAAUGAAGUGUAUAAAAAAACAUACGAGGAAGCGAUUAAUCCUCUUCCUCAUAAAUCUGAAUGGGAGAUACCAGAAGGUCUUAUAAAUGUUCGCCCCCCGCAUAUGACAAAACGUCAGUCGGGCCGUCCGCGAGCAAACAACAGAAUCUUGUCUCGAGGGGAAGAACCCACGCCUCUAUAUUGUGGUAGGUGUAAGUCACACGGACACCAUCGUGACGUUUGUUCAGCCCCAAUCCCAUCGCAACAACGUUCGCGUAAAGGCAAGGAAACCGUUGCUCACGAAGACCCAGGAAAUAAUCCGUCUGAUAAUUAUUUUCCGUCUUAUAACUUGGGAGAUUUUUAG